AUGCCCCUAGCGGACAUCGCCGAGGGGAGGGCGGGGGGAGAAGGCAGUGAGGGAGGAGGAGGUUCCCGGCGGAGCGUGGCACUGAGAACCCGCCGCGGGGUGGAGAGACAGAGAAAGGGUGGCAGGCAGGCGGCGCGCGCGCUCUCCUCCUCCUGCGGUCCCGGGAGCCGCCGCGUUCGUCGCCGGGGCUCCUGCUCCGUCACUGUAGCUGCAACAGUGGCCACCGCGCCGCGUCACACCAAGCCAGAGCCUGGCACAGGAAAGAGAGACGGAGCCCAAGCGCGGGCGGCGGCUGCUGCUUCAAGAGGGAUCGGUUCAGGCCCGCCGCGAGGACGGAUCAAGCAGCAUCUUCUUGGGAGCGGGGUGGUGGCGGUGGGCAAGGGGAGGCUGGUGCCUGAGGCUGCGAUCCUUUCCGUUCUUCGGGGCCUUCCGCCUGGCGCGCUGCUGCCGCUGGAAAUCUCUGCCACGCCACCCCCGUCCCACGCGCCGGAGCUUCAUUCGUCCUGGAGGCGGGAAAAAGCCCUCGCGGGACUGACCUUGGGACGCGUUCGCGCGGCGGCGAAGCGGGGCCCGGGCUGGGCUUAUGCAGGCGGGGAAAGGGGCGCCGGCGCCGGCCUGACUCUUUGUUCGGAACUAACUGUAAUCCACAAACUCUGUUGUGUACUCAGAGAAGUAAACCAAAAUCUACCGAAGUUUCAAGAGCAAAUCACCACCAGGUACUGCUUCAGCACUCUCUGUUCAUUUAAACACAAGUUUGCAUAGAGAACUCAUAGGAACAUAGACGGCUGCCUUAAAGUCUCACAGACUGUCCACAGUCCACACUGACUGGAAGCAACUCUUCAGGGCUUCAGACAGGAACUCUUUCCCGGAUCUACCUACAAAUAAUGGGGAUUGAACCUAGAACCUCCUGCAUGCAAAGCAGAUGGUCUGUGUCUGUGUUGGAAUUGCUUUUAUGAUGUUUUUAAAGGUGUUUUGAUACGUUAAAGAUGUUUUGAUAUGCUUCUAAAGUUUUUUUAUAUACUUUUUAUAAUUUUUUGAAAUUUUACAUAUCUUUGACACAGGAUCAAUAUUCAAAUACAAUCCACACAUAAAAAAUAAAGAUGUUUUGUUUUAAUAUA